AUGGGAAUCCAGCGGCUUUCCCCGCGAUUAAGCGCGUGGUCUCCUCUCAUCGGCAUCUUCGUCAUGGCCGGCGCUCUCGUGGCCGCCUCAUUCGCGACGACAGUCUCCCACUUAAUCGGAACGCAAGGCAUACUGUUUGCCAUCGGAGCCUCCUUGUCGUACUGCCCGUGCAUUGCCUUUCUGAACGACUGGUUCGACCGACGAAAGGGCAUGGCGUACGGAAUCAUGUGGGCCGGCACCGGGCUGUCCGGAUCGGUGCUUCCCUUCGUCCUCCAAUAUCUCCUCAGCAAGUACGGAUACCAGUACACAUUGCGAGUCUGCGCCAUCGCCCUCGUUGCAAUCACCCUCCCCGUCGUGUACUUCGUCAAGCCCCGGCUGCCCCAGUCCCCCACGCAGGGCAACCCGUUCAACUUUCGCUUCACGCUCAGCCAGACCUUCAUGCUCCAUCAGCUCGCCAACAUCUUCCAAGCUCUCGGCUUCUUUCUGCCCAGCAUCUUCCUCCCGACCUACGCGCGCUCCGUCCUCGGCGCCGGCGAGUUCGUCGCCGCCAGCACCAUCCUGCUGCUCAACCUCGCCUCCACCGUCGGCUGCCCGACCAUGGGCUGGCUGUCCGACAAUCACCACGUCGCGCGGUGCCUGUUCAUCGCCACCGUUGGCGCCUCGCUGGCCACGGCCAUGCUCUGGGGCUUCGCCACCACGGUGCCGUCCCUGCUCAUCUACUGCGCCUUCUACGGCCUGUUCGCCGGCUCCUACACGUCCGCCUGGACUGGGCUCAUGCGGCAGAUCACGACGGACGACACUAUUAGCGACAGGUACUCGUGCGAGGACACCGAUCCCGUCAUGGUCCUGUCGGUGCUCGCUGCUGGCAGGGGCAUCGGGAGCGUCCUCUCCGGCCCGCUGAGCCAGGCGCUCGUGGGAGAUUUCUGGCAUGUCAAGACGUACGGCGCGUACGGGACGAUUUAUGGACCGUUGGUUAUUUUUACCAGCUUCACGGCUGCGCUGAGUGGAAUUGUACUAUUUUGGAAACACAUCGAUUGGAUACAUUAA